UUUCAGUCUGUCAAAAAAAACGCGAUUCACGUCAAAGUCGCUUUGAUUUCAGCUAGUGUUACAUUGUGACUUUAUGUUUUGCUGUAAAUAAUGAGAUUACGCCCGGGGAAUGUUUCGACUCCGAUGAAGCACGAGGCUCGAAUCAUUUAUGAGGUUUACAUUCACAAAACAGUUAUGGAGAAGCAAGAAGAGGCUUUCAGGAUCUCGAGGGUUUGAAAACCGUAUGGCACAGGAGAGCUUGUUAGCACAAGAGAUCCAUAAUUGCUCCGCCCUUCCCAUGAACCUUUUUCUCGUCCACACCCUUGAAUAAUAAAACAUCCUGGAUGAAGCGUGACAGCUCUUUGUGUAAUCCUUGACUGAUUCUGAUUCGUGAACCAAUGGUGCUUUGGUGGAUCUGAAGGUCCUGAUGGAGCGUCUGACAGGACUCGGCUGGAAUGCCGCCCUGCGCUCUUGUUUUCCCAUCCUCACCUGGCUGCCCAGGUAUAACCUGACGUGGCUGAAGAUGGACGUGAUCGCCGGUCUGACAGUGGGUUUGACCGUGGUUCCUCAGGCGCUGGCCUACGCGGAGGUGGCUGGUUUACCUGUGCAGUACGGUCUGUAUUCUGCUUUCAUGGGUUGUUUCGUCUACUGUAUAUUUGGCACGUCUAAAGACAUCACACUGGGCCCGACGGCCAUCAUGUCCCUGCUGUGUUCGGCGUACGUCGAUGGAGAUCCUGUGUUCGCCGUGGUGCUCACCUUGUUGUGCGGCGUCAUCCAGACGGGAAUGGCUCUACUGAGGCUGGGGUUCCUCUUGGAUUUCAUCUCGUAUCCAGUAAUUAAAGGCUUCACGUGUGCUGCGGCCGUCACUAUCGGCUUCGGCCAGGUCAAGAAUAUUCUGGGUCUGAAGGAGAUCCCACAGCAGUUCUUCCUGCAGGUGUACUACACCUUCCACAAGAUCCCUGAGGCCAGAGUAGGAGAUGUGAUUCUGGGUCUGUGCUGUCUGUUCUUCCUGAUCACGAUGACACUGAUGAAGAAUUCUCUGAGUUCUGCUGAAGAAGAGGCUCCUCUCCUCAUCAAUUCUCUGAGUUCUGCUGAAGAAGAGGCUCCUCUCCUCAUCCGAUCAGCUCGAAAGCUGGUGUGGAGUUUUGCUACUAUCCGGAAUGCUCUGGUCGUCAUAGCGGCGACGGCUGUUGCGUAUUCCUCAGAGGUCACAGGACACCAUUUCUUCAGUCUCACUGGGAAAACCGCCAAAGGACUCCCUCCUUUCAAAGCUCCACCUCUUUCAGAGACGGUAGCCAAUGGCACGGUGAUUACUUUCAGUGACAUCGCAAAGGAUUUAGGUGGCGGUCUGGCUGUCAUUCCUUUAAUGGGUGUUUUAGAGAGCAUCGCUAUUGCAAAGGCGUUCGGCAGCAAGAAUAACUACCGAAUUGAUGCCAACCAAGAGCUCUUUGCCAUCGGUCUCACAAACAUCAUGGGCUCAUUUGUGUCGGCGUAUCCCGUCACAGGCAGCUUCGGAAGAACGGCUGUUAACUCUCAGACCGGAGUGAGUACGCCUGCUGGAGGGAUCGUCACAGGUGUUAUAGUGCUGCUGUCGCUGGCAUUCCUCAUGCCGCUGUUCUUCUUCAUCCCUAAAGCGUCACUUGCUGCCGUCAUCAUCUGUGCCGUGAGUCCCAUGAUGGACUUCAGAGUGCCUGUCCAGCUCUGGAGAGUCAAGAGGCUUGAUCUGCUGCCGUUCUUGGUGACGUUUCUGAUGAGUUUCUGGGAGGUGCAGUACGGCAUUGUGGGAGGUGUGGUUGUUUCUGCUUUCAUGCUGUUGCACAUCAUGGCCAGACCUAAAGUGAAGGUGUCUGAUCACGGUGUGGCGGUUCUAGAGUUGGACAGUGGGCUGAACUUCCCCGUGACGGAGCAUCUCAGCAGACUCGUGUACACACACGCUCUUCAUGCGUCUCCUCCGCGGUGUCUGGUUCUCGACUGCUCUCACGUCAGCUCUAUAGACUUCACUGUGGUCCAUGAACUCACUGAACUGCUCAAACAGUUCCAGCUGACGGGACUGUCACUGAUCUUCACUGGACUAAAGCCGUCAGUAUUAAAGGUGUUGUUGACGGCUGACCUUCCAGCUUUCAGACACACAGACAGUGUCGACGAGGCACUGCAGCUUCUGACCGGUAUCAUUCACUACGACCAACCAUUAUAACAACCAAUCACAGACCAGAACUGAUCAUGUGGCUCAGUCGACAACUGAUACCUCAAACCUCUGAUGAUUGGUCACGUGAAAUACUCUGCACACACCUUUGACCAAUCAGCACUCAGGAAGAAAGACUUUGAUGAAAACUGUUGGGGAAUAAAGUUACAUAAUGUUUGCGUUCAUGUGGACCAAAUUAUGUUUUUGCACUCAAAAUAGUGGUUCAACUUCGUUCAUUUUGAGCGACUAUUUUUAUGUAGUUGUUUUGUUUUAAACUUUGAAUCACAUGUAUAAUACUGUCAUUUUAUGAACGUGCACUUAUUCUCAACACUAGAAAGAAUCAAAUCUUCAGUACUUUGGGAUAAAAAUAGGUUCCAAAAAUAUCACAAUAUUCAUACUUGAUAUAUAAGUGUCUUUCUCUGCAGACUGCUUAUACGCAUUAAUACGAAUGUUUACUGUGGGCUGUAGGUUUACAUUUCAUUUCUUGAUGAAACUGAAUCUCCAUAAAGACUUUUGGACUCUUUUCUACUGACCCAGAUGAAACUGACAUGAACACUGCAGAAACACUCACAUGUCUCUUCUGAUAUUAAACUGAUAUGAUCUA